AUGUAUUAUCAAGCUAAAUUAGUAACUAAUCUGAUGCUCAUACUUGCUGCCUCCACUCCAUGCCCUCUGGUAAUUAACAAGAAAGAAGCACAGCAAAAGGAUAAAGAAGUAGAAAUCCAAAGAGAAGUCCUAGAAACAAUCGGAAAGUUCAAAAUGGCUGUGCUGGUUAUUGACGUCCAAAAUGAUUUUGUCACGGGAUCAUUGAAGGUGCCGGGAGCUGUUGGUAUAAUCCCAGUCAUUAAUGAUUUGGUUGAACAAAAAGGUCUCCAAAUGGUCGCAUACACAUACAUUCUCUAUCCACGGCAUUGCGUUCAAGCUACUCAAGGUGCAAAACUACACGCAGAUCUCAGAAAGCCGAGAAACAACAGAGCUUUCCAAUUUGCGAAAGGAAUACAGAGAUAUGUCGAAUCAUAUUCCAUUUUUGCCGAUCAGAAUGGGAACCGACUGUGA